CACCAGAUGUACCCACACUUCGAAAGCCAUCAGGCCCAUCUCAGUUGGCUUCCAGUCUCAUCCGACUCACCGAUACCUCCGCACGCGAUAGAAGCUGGAAGUGGCAUCUACGUCAUACGAGGCCGGAGUGGAGGAGAUGUCAUACCAGGAAAAUGGGUCAGAGGUCACGACUCUGCUUACCUACCGUUCGGGGGUGAAGAGGUAGCUGUGCGUAGCUUCGAAGUGCUAUGCAAUACGAAUCUGAAUGUAAACAGAAGAGAUUAUCAUUGGAUCUCUUCAUCCGGUGGAAGCAAUCAUCCAAAGGCGGUUGCUGCGGGGAUGACGGAAGGAGGUGAAGUGCUCUUCGUUGCCAGGGCCGACAUAAAUGGGGAACUAUCGGUCGGAAAAGUACACCCAUCACACAAUUGUGCCUAUUUUCCAUGGGGAGGCGGGGAGCACAAAAGGUCGCAUUACGAGAUUCUCUGCUUCAGCUAA